AUAUAAAAAAAAACUGGCUGUCAUUUCUUCCAAUCCUUUUGAAGUACAAAUAGAGACGAAUGCCAGACAGAGCUCAAGAUUCAGCAUCCCUCCUGAUGUUUUAUGUGUCCCGACUGGGGUAGUUGAUAUCAAAUGCAAGGGUGUCGGAAUUCAAAACAAACACAACUACGCCACUCAGGUAGCUACAAAAUGAGACUUUAAAUAUUCUUUAAUGGAUUUUUGAAAGAGUUGAUGAUUUAAAUUAGUGACGUCUUGGAAGGUUGAUUAUCUAUCGGCUGUCGAGUUGUAAGUUAGAGCCACGGAGUAAACUCAUCAUCAAAAUUUAAAGUGAAUUUCAGAUCCGCCUUCUGAACUAUUACCUGAAUUGUUUGGAGGUGGCGUGUCCUACAGCAUUUGAUAAUGGAAGAUCCUAAGCAAGGAGCGUUCUCAAGUAAAACCUCGGUGCUAAUGUGUCUGUUUCGGUUUGCGUUUUUAGGGAUCAGACAGAAAUCUCUAACUGUGUGCUGAGCGUUCUGUCUGGUGGGAAUCAUGUCAUCCAUACUGCCAUUCACUCCACCGGUUGUGAAGAGACUUCUUGGGUGGAAAAAAUCUGCUGGUGGUUCCGGAGGGGCCAGCGGUGAGCAGAAUGGGCAGGAGGAGAAGUGGUGCGAAAAAGCGGUGAAAAGCUUGGUCAAGAAGCUAAAGAAAACAGGACAGCUGGAUGAGCUUGAGAAGGCCAUUACCACUCAGAACUGCAAUACCAAGUGUGUGACCAUACCAAGAUCUCUCGAUGGCCGGCUACAGGUGUCGCAUCGUAAAGGACUUCCGCACGUCAUCUACUGUCGUCUGUGGCGCUGGCCGGACCUUCACAGCCACCAUGAACUUAAAGCAAUUGAAAACUGUGAAUACGCUUUUAAUCUUAAGAAGGACGAAGUGUGUGUAAACCCAUACCACUACCAGAGAGUGGAGACACCAGUCUUGCCUCCUGUCCUGGUGCCACGGCACACUGAGAUCCUGACAGAGCUUCCACCUCUUGAUGACUACACCCAUUCCAUUCCUGAGAACACUAAUUUCCCAGCUGGAAUUGAACCACAGAGCAACUACAUACCAGAAACACCACCUCCAGGAUAUAUCAGUGAAGAUGGAGAAACAAGUGACCAGCAGUUGAACCAAAGCAUGGAUACAGGAUCUCCAGCAGAGCUGUCUCCCAGUACUCUCUCUCCAGUCAACCAUAGCCUGGACUUGCAGCCAGUCACUUACUCGGAGCCCGCAUUCUGGUGUUCAAUAGCAUAUUAUGAGUUGAAUCAAAGAGUGGGAGAAACCUUCCAUGCAUCACAGCCUUCUCUGACUGUAGAUGGCUUCACAGAUCCAUCCAAUUCCGAACGGUUUUGUCUAGGUCUGCUUUCCAACGUCAACAGAAACGCGACAGUGGAAAUGACAAGGCGGCACAUAGGGAGGGGAGUGCGUCUCUAUUACAUCGGCGGCGAAGUCUUUGCUGAGUGUCUCAGUGAUAGCGCAAUUUUUGUUCAGAGCCCCAACUGUAAUCAAAGAUAUGGCUGGCAUCCUGCAACUGUCUGCAAAAUCCCACCAGGAUGCAAUCUAAAAAUCUUUAAUAACCAAGAAUUUGCUGCUCUUCUGGCUCAGUCUGUGAAUCAGGGUUUUGAAGCAGUUUAUCAGCUUACCAGAAUGUGUACCAUCAGGAUGAGUUUUGUUAAAGGAUGGGGAGCUGAGUACAGGCGGCAGACCGUGACAAGCACUCCUUGCUGGAUUGAGCUCCAUCUGAACGGACCUCUACAAUGGCUGGACAAAGUAUUGACUCAGAUGGGCUCCCCUUCAGUACGCUGCUCCAGCAUGUCGUAAAACUCCUUCCUCUGCUACCAGUGGGCUAAAUACUAAGACCUGUCAACAGACUUCAUAGAAAAGCUCGUCUAUCGUAGUAUUUGUGUGUGGUCCUCAUGAACUCUCUACUAUCCAAAAAAAGCUUUUUUUUUUUUUUUAUUAAUGAAAAACAGCACUUGAGGUCUCAUCAAUUAAAGCACCUUGUGGAUUCUGUUUCCUAUACUCUGAUACUAGAUGAAAACUUAGUAUAUAGAAAUGCCUUCUUCAGAGAGAAGAAGGAACAGCUCUAAAGAUUCUUAAUGGUGUUUUUAUUGGGUAUAUAAUUGAGUGUCCUAAUGGUUUAUCAAUAACAUGAAUAGCUAAGUAUACGUAAAGGUAAUGUAUCAUGAUCUCAGAUAUCACAGUAUUGUGCUGUUCUACAUUUUAGUUCCCAUAGUUAGAUGUUUGGUUUGUUUUUAGAUUGAGGCAAAUCUCUCAUAAAAUUUCAAGACUUGACUCCUAUCUUCUUUUAUAUUUUUUUUAUAUAAGCAGGUUUUCAAGUUGUCCUAAACAUAAAAAGCAGACUUUAGUUGUAUACAAGCUUAACUUUUUUGCUGCCUUCUUAAAGAAAAAUCCCUCCCUUGGAAGGGAAAUAAAUGUCUGAGAUUUAUCUGAAAUCUCAAGACAAUUUGUAUAUUCUUAAUGGGGCCUAAAAUGAAUCUCUGUACUCUAAAUUCUGAGUAUCCAUCACACUAGGAGUCUACGUUUCCCUGCCCAUAUGAGCUGAUGCAUCUGUUGCCAGCAGUAUUGCUGGCACUGUUUUUUUAGGAUUUUUUUGUACCUUGGAUCACUGAAGUCAGUGCUUUUCUUUUUCUCAUAGAGUUGAUGAUAGCGUUGGAUACUGGAUUAAAUACAAAAGUGACUUACCCCUAACGUCUGUGUGCUUUCAAUAAGCAGACGCUACUGAAAAUCUAGGGUUUUUUUUGUUUGUUUUGGAGCCAAACACUUUGAAAAAUCCUUUCCCAGGGUAAACUAGACUCUUUCUAAUAGGUUUUAAAUAGAUGCAGCUUCUUAACAUGUUUCAGUAACAGAACGUAAAUCUCUGAUCUGAUUAGCUUUGUACAGCUUACUGACAUACCAGGUCAUACUCAUUCAUUAUGUCAUAACGGGCCUUGUUAUUAAAAGUAGUUGCUUCUGCAAAACCUUUAGGAUAGUGGUUGCUGAGGUAUGACCAGCGAAGGAGGGUUUCUAGGUUCUUCACAACUGUGCAUGUUAUUGUGAACCCUUGGACACUACAACUGCACCAUGUUAAAAAUACUCUGAAAUAUAUUCUGCAGAUAAGUCUGGGUUGGGGAAGGGUUGGGAAACUGUAUAGAAGGGUUAUUCUGACUUGACAAGUAUACAUCUUACUAACAAUCUUGUGAUCUAGCUGUCUGUCAUUCUUAUGUCACUGUGGCAGUAGCAGGAUUGCUUUUGUCCUUUCCCAUGGUUUCACGCGUUGCACCAGCACUGUACGUUGUCAGUACGGCUAGUGAUAACUUGGAGAACAAAAACGUGGCCAGUGUUACAGCUUUCAGUACUGACUGAGCUGAGGGUAGUCGUGGAUAUUCUUAUGCCAUAAUGACUAGGACAUAGAAGCAAUACCAAAAAAUCGAGCUUUGAAGAAGAGGGCCAACCACCUUUUGAAAAUUGACAAAGCAGUUACCAGUUUGUGCUAGUUUUACCAGUAGACUAAUGUAUUGGUAGAACUUGUGAACCUAAGAAAUAAGCUUCAUGAGUGUUGCAUUUGCCUAAUACGUGAAUACACUAAUAAAAGUUUUAAUUCUCA